AUGACCACCAUACCUGCUGCUGCUUCUUCUUCUUCUUCUCCUCCUCCAUUUCGUAGAUUGACAUACGAUGUGUUCCUCAGUUUCAGAGGUACAGAUACCCGUAAUAAUUUCACAGACCAUCUUUACACUGCUCUCAUACACAAUGGGAUACGCACAUUUCGAGAUGAUGAAGAACUUGUGAGAGGGGAGUCAAUUGGUCCGAAUCUCUUGAAAGCAAUUGAAGAAUCGAGAUAUGUCAUUGUGGUUGUUUCACGAAACUACGCCAAUUCUUCAUUUUGUUUGGAUGAGAUUGCAAAGAUUGUGGAUUGCAAGAAAGAAAAGGGACAAAAAGUGCUUCCAGUGUUCUAUGAUGUUGAUCCAUCUGAGGUACGAAGACAAACAUGGGACUACUUUGUUGAAGCAUUUGAGAAGCAUCAAAACAGGUUUCAAGGAAAUCCAGGAACAGUAAAGAGGUGGAGAGAUGCUCUUUCUGAAGUCGGCGAUCUCUCUGGAUGGCAUUUGCAAAAUGGGUAA